AUGUCCUUGCAAACCCCGCAUUCUCUCUAUUGCAACCAGCGCCCCACACCUAUUCACCGGAAUGGAGCUGAGCGGCAACAAGGUGAGGGAGGGGGAUGGGGAGUGAGAGGUUUGGGGAAUGAGUGGGUGGACUUUCCUCUACUGCUGCCUUUUCUUCCUGAGCAGAGGGAUGAUCUCUCAGAAAUGGAGCUCAGCGGCAACAAGGUGAGGGAGGAGGAUGGGGAGAGAGAGGUUCAGGGAGUGAGUGGACGGCCUGGCCUUUGCUUUGUUCUCCUGGUUCUCCUGCUGUCCCCUUUCCCUGGGCAGAGGGAUGAUCUUUCAGGCAUGGAGCUGAGCGGCAACAAGGCUCUAGCAGAUUCAGAUCCGGGCCUGGAGGGCAAUCUGCUGGUGGAGAGGAUGGUGGGGGCCAAGUUGCAUGCCUUGGCAGCGCUGGCUGGCUCUGAUCCGGGCCUGGAGGGCAAUCUGCUGGUGGAGCGCAUGGUGGGGGCCAGGGCGCUGGCAGGCUCUGAUCCAGGCCUAGAGGGCAAUCUGCUGGUGGAGCAAAUGUUAGGGGCGCUGGCAGGCUCUGAUCCGGGCCUGGAAGGAAAUCUGCUGCUGGUGGAGCGCAUGGUGGGGGCGAAGGUGCACCUGGCGCUGGCAGGCUCUGAUCCAGGCCUGGAGGGCAAUCUGCUGGUGGAGGCGAAGGUGCAUACAUACAAGCUUCCUGCUGUCGUUCCUUCACUGCUCUGCUCCCUUAAUGUUCCGCCCUCUCUUUCCUCUCAACAGGCGCUCACAGGCGCUGAUCCGGGCCUGGAAGGCAACCUGCUGGUGGAGCGCAUGGUGGGGGCAGCGAGGGUGCAUCCCUUGGCAGUAACUCUCCUCCUCCCCUGUGGUUCUCACCCCUUGCCCUUGCCCUUUCAUUCUUUCCUCUCCCUCCAGGCGCUGCCAGGCUCUGAUCCGGGCCUGGAGGGCAACCUGCUGGUGGAGCGAAUGGCGCUGCCAGGCUCUGAUCCGGGCCUGGAGGGCAACCUGCUGGUGGAGCACAUGGUGGGGGCGAGGGUGCAUCUGGCGCUGGCAGGCUCUGAUCCGGGCCUGGAGGGCAACCUGCUGGUGGAGCGAAUGGCGCUGGCAGGCUCUGAUCCGGGCCUGGAGGGCAACCUGCUGGUGGAGCGCAUGGUGGGGGCGAGGGCGCUGGCAGGCUCUGAUCCGGGCCUGGAAGGCAAUCUGCUGGUGGAGCGCAUGGUGGGGGCGAAGGUGCAUCUGGUGACCAAAGAGGAAUACGCCAAGCAUGGCAGCGAGCAUCUGGGGAAAGUGCUUGCUGAACGGCUAGCAGCAGAGGGAAGGAGGCCGUACGUCAUCCCUGUUGGGGGCUCCAACGCUCUCGGCACCUGGGGGUAUAUGGAGGCAGUGAGAGAGAUCGAGCAGCAACUGGGCAGAGGCGAGGCGGGGGGUGCUUCGGCGUUUGACGAUAUUGCCAUGGCGUGUGGCAGUGGCGGCACCUCAGCAGGGUUGGCGCUGGGAGUGCAUCUGAGUGCUCUCUCUUCUACCCGUGUGCAUGCCUACUCUGUGUGCGACUCUCCCGGCUAUUUCUACGACUACAUUCAAGGGCUGCUGGAUGGGGUCACAUCCACGCCUGGGAGUGUUGCUUCAAAGGACCUGCUUCGGGUCAUUGAUGUGAAGGGGGCAGGCUACGCUAUGAGCACGGAGGAGGAGCUUCAGCUGGUGCAGUCUGUUGCUCAAAGCACCGGCAUAGUGCUCGACCCAGUCUACAGUGGCAAGGCUCUCAGGGGAUUGCUACAGGACAUGAAACAGAAUCCAGACGAAUGGGCGGGGCGGCGAGUUUUGUUUGUACAUACAGGAGGGCUGCUAGGGAUGUAUGACAAGGUUCAGCAGCUUCUGCCGAUGGUGGGCGGGUGGGAGAGGAUGGCAGUCUAG